GAGGCUUUCUCAUCCAACCAAAAUAUUUCAAUUUCAUCUCUUUAAAAAUGUCAUAUAGUGAAAGCUUAUCAGAGAGUUCUGAUUCGUCAGAUUCGAAUGAGUUUGAUGAAUGGCAUGAACGAGUGAUUCAGUCAAAUCGCUAACUUGACGACAUCAUGAUUGAAUUACUCACAACCAUGCCAGAUAUGAUCUUAAGAGAUCAUCCUCAUACAAGAAGGAGGUAUUGCAAUCGGGAACGUGAGCAGGGCGAGGCACGUUUGAUGCAAGACUACUUUGUUGAUAACCCAAAGUAUGAUCAAGCAACUUUUCGGCGUAGAUUUCGAAUGCAGAAUUCCUACGUAUAGUGGCUGCCAUAACGGCCAAUGAUAGAUAUUUUCAACAAAGAUGUGAUGCCACAGGAAGACAAGGUCUUUCACCAUUGUAGAAAUGUACUGGAGUCAUGCGGGUGGUAGCGUAUGGAACAUCAGCAGAUGCAUAAGAUGAAUAUUUGAGAAUGAGUGAAACUGUAACGAGGGACUCUCUUAUAAAGUUUGUAGAAGGUGUUAUUUCAUGCUUCAGUCAAGAGUACCUUAGAAGGCCAAAUGAUGAUGAUUUAGCAAGACUACUACAUGUUGGAGCAGAACGUGGAUUCCCAGGAAUGGUAGGCAGCAUUGACUGUAUGCAUUGGGAAUGGAAAAAUUGUCCCACCGCUUGGGAUGGGCAAUAUGCAGGUAGAAGCGGUAAACCAACAGUUAUUUUAGAAGCUAUUGCAUCAUAUGACCUAUGGAUAUGGCACGCGUUCUUCGGAACACCAGGUCGAGCACCAAAUAUGAGUUACAUAGUGGAUGGUCGGGAAUAUAAUAGGACAUAUUAUCUCACUAACGGCAUAUAUCCUUCAUGGGCUGCCUUUGUCAAGUCCAUAACCUCUCCACAACUUCAAAAACAUAAGUUAUUCGCUCUACAUCAAGAGGCCGAUAGAAAAGAUGUUGAGCGAGCAUUUGGAGUUCUACAAGCUUGGUUUGCAUUUCUUCGACACCCAUUUCUUGUGUGGGACAAGGAUACGAUGGGUAAAAUUAUGAUCGCAUGUAUAAUCAUUCAUAAUAGGAUCUUUGAGGAUGAACGGGACACAUACCUUCACUAUUAUGAUCCAUCUGAAUUUCUAAAUGAUACGCCUACAAACCAGCAACGAACAAGCUCUAUUGAAGAUGGUGGACAAUCUUUUCAAUACUCCACUGAACGAAUUGCAAACCUAUCUAGUUAUAUGACUAAUAGGGCAUAACUUUGCAACAGAGAAACUCAUAUCGCUCUAAAAAACGAUUUAAUUAAGCAUAUAUGGCAAAAAUUUUCCAAUGAGGAAUGAUUAUGUAAUUUCUAUUUUAUGUCCUUGUAAUUUUACAUUAAUUGUUAUGUAAUAUUUCUUUUUUAUUU